UUUUAAUCCUCGUUAAUCUUACGAAUGAUACAGCAUUUAUUUACUUGGCAAAAAGAUACGAAGGAAGAAAAAACUAGGUAUCACAACAAUUUUAUUGCAAAAGAACUAACACAUUUUUAGUACGUGUCUUCAGAUUUGGUUGGUACAUCUGAGCUUUGGAAUCGCAAAAGGCAAUAGACUUUAUAUUUUAUUUGACGCAGAUACACAAUGCUUUGUGGUACACUUUGAGGAGGCUUUAAAAUUGUUUUGUUAGAGGGUUCCGCAAAGGGAACUGAGGUGCAGGAGGAACUCUGGAGUAUGAGUACAGGGAGGAGGUGGAGGAAGAGGAUGAGUUACUUGUGUGAGGGGGUGUCGAGAGAUCAAAGAGACGUGAGGAUCAAAGAAAUGGAUAUUUGCUACAAGUCGAGGUACAAGGUGGUCGUCGCGCGGUUGGUUGUACUCCGAUACACAGCUACGUCCUUCCCCAGUUAGUAGGUAGGAUACUGCAACGGAUUUCCCGAUUCUCCAGAAUAAUUACUGCUCGCGAUCAACGAGCCCCGUGAGUCUCCACAAGUCCCCGAGAUCCUCGGGAUCUGAUUCCUGCGAUAGGAGCGUCGAGAAUAAUUCCGUCGAUUCGAGGAUUCCGACCCGGAGUUACGAAGAAGGGAAGAAGGAGAUAAAAAAAUCAGAUUUUUCCCAGGGUUCUGCGACUGACUUUGACGCUACUGUUAGAGGCCAGAGGGCAGGCGGCCUGUUGAUUGGCCGUGCUUUGAACGUUAGUUGGCCUUACCGCCGCCAGACAGCGUUGAAGAAGGACCUAACACUCGUGUGAAAAGUUUUCAUGGCGACGGUGUGCUUUUGAGUAACGGCGACAAGUAAGGUGAAGUGUUUGGUGUGCAGUUUUAACCCUUGUGAGUUUAUUACCGUGUUCAAAAAUAAGUUACAAUAGAUAUCCGCAGUUAAUGCCGGGUAGGUAAUAGGUCAGUUUCGCCAAUGUUUAGUUGACAAGAUAAAAAAGUGUGUGAGAUGUUCCGAAGAGGUGGAGCUGUACUUGUAAAAAAGCAGCAGCAGCAGCAGCAGCUAAGCGUCAGAAGACCCUAAAAUAUAUUACACCGUGUGCCUGCAUCUUUGAUAACCAGGUAUACACACAAAGCAAACGCGAAAGCUCUUUAACUUGGCGGUGCAGCGACGGCAGCAACGGCGCAAGGAAGGAAGGAAGGAAGGGCAGGAGGCGGAAAAGAGGGGGCAAAGAAGGAAGGAAGCGAGGUAGCAAGGUCUGGACUAGCCAUGUCCACUAGAAGGCGACGAGGAUUGAAAUUCAGUAUAGGCAGAGAAACAGCACGCGAUAGUCGCAAGAGAUAGGAUGAGUGGGCCGAGAUAUAGCGAAGCUCACUGCUUCAAUGAAAACUCUCCACGGCCACCGGUGCCUGGAGAGGAGACUGGCAGUCGUGUCAGCAGACUCCGUCCACAGAGUCCAGCCUUAACACCCAGACGUUCUUCAUUGGCGUAUUCAACAGCUCCCAUUCCUUGCGAUGGAUCGGCUCCAUUGGGAUUUGAACCAGAGGGAAGUUGUGGCGGUGCGUGCAUGGAAGGUGUUUCACCACCAGCUUGUCUCAGGUGGGCUAGAAAUUUACAUUCACUCCUACAAGACCCGGAGGGAAUGGAAUUGUUCAGAAAGUAUCUGGAUCAAGAGGGAAGACCCCAUGCGGAACCACUCAAUUUCUGGUAUGCUUGCGAAGGGCUCAAAAAUCAACACCAACCCGACAUGAUACAUCAGUUGGUUAAACUUAUCUAUAGAAGAUUCUUUCUCAACUCGCAGUUACCAGUGCCAGAAGAUGUACGCAAAGAAGCAAACCGCCGUGUCAAAGAAGGCAGAGUCGACGGAAAGGUGUUCGAUAAUGUUCAAAUCGAAGUUGAACGGCUCAUCAAUGAAACCACUUAUCCAAACUUCCUUAAAUCUGAAAUGUACUUACAGUACGUUCAAUGUUACCAAAAUCCUGAUUCUGGUAGCUCUACCAGCUCCAGUUCAAGCCGCGAAAUGUCGGUUUCAUGCGGACCAAGUUUGCUUCCGACUCUUCACGAAGAUAGCGAAUUUAUUAGUUCAGUUCACACUUCACAUUCGGCGAGUGAAACACCCGGGGAAUUGAGAGCUGGUGAAUUAAGACUGACCAGGGAUGUCCUUAUGGCUACUCAACAAACUAGAGCAAUGGAACUACGGCCUAAGCCUGAAGCCUAUGCUGGCAUUUAUUUGCAAGCUGGCGCUAGUCCCUACCACACGCCAGCCAACAGGUUACAUGCUCAGUAUUCAUCCUACAACCCGGUUUCAAGACAGGAUUCUGAACUUCAGAGUUUGAGCAGUGAUGCCCGGACUGAAUCAGAUAAUAUGUCCCUCACCGACUCUUCUGUCGAUGGUAUGUCAAUAGGAAGACAACGCAGUAGUAAGAAGCAAUAUAUGCGACAAUGCAGAGCGAUGAAAGAAUCAGCGAGCUUGAACCGCGAUCCUAUGGUACACUACACCGUAAUCCCAAGAACUCAACGACUGCCACGUGAUCAAACACGUUCGUUAAAGCCAGAAAUUUUCGCACAAGUCUUGAUAGAAAAAUUAGAAACUGUUAAAAGAGCUCGGGAAACUCAAGAAAAAUUGGAUAGGCAUUUGCAAGAAAGUGAAAUGAUCGGCGCGGAUGCAACUAGCGAACCUCCAACGGGCGGACCUAGAACGCUGGCUGAUGCGAUUAGAGAAAAACUUUUAAUAGAAGAUGACAGCGAUCAAGCCAUCUUAGAUCAACAUGUAUCUAGAGUUUGGUCGGAUUUGACCCCCUCACGGUCACCAGGGAUGGCGUCGCCUAGACCUCACUCUCCCGAUAGAAGACGGGGACUGCUGCAUAACUACCCGCAUCAAAGACCUUACAAACAGAGAAAGGAAAAAGAUGUAUUCUCGACAUUUUCAGCAGACAGCGGAAAUAUUCAUGACUUCCCCGAAGGCAGUGAUUUGCUAGGUGCUGGCUCUAUGAGCUCUCUGGGUUCUCAUUUGCCAAAAUCUAAAUCCAUCCCGUCCGAUUAUGCAGAUUCUCUGCAUAAACAGGAUCUCUAUCUACAAUGUCACGACCAGAGAUUCAGAAGAUCAGAUCUGUGUCGAAGGUCCGGUUCCACUAAAAAGUCAAUGACGGAAUUGACUGACAGUGGUGUCAGUGUAGUUAGCGACGCCCCUCCGUUAGGCGCCAGCAAAGACAGCCGCCUCUUGUCAUGGCUCAAAGAUUCUGAUAAAAAAUCAGAUUCUAAGCACAGUAGACAUGGAAAGAAAUACGGAUCACGAAGUGGCUCCUUGGAAAGAGCCAGCAGAGACACUUGGGGUGUUCCCGCUCAACCCUUUGUGGCCGAUCCUGGAAUGCCUCCUUUGCCGCAACCACAUACAGCUACGCAACUAGAAGAAGCCAGAAGGAGGUUGAUGGAAGAAGACAGAGCAAGAGGCGGUAGUAGACAACGUUACCCAAAUAGUGGUAAGCUGUCGUGUGAACCGACUAAUCUAAAUCCAUCCUGCAUCCAAUCUAACCAAUCGACGUUGAGGAAGAGUAGACAAGACCCAGCAGAUUUCACCACCGUUGUGUUCAGUUUCUGUGACGAACAAGUUCCCUAUAGGACCAAAAUUCCUGGGCAUAAUAUAACCCUGAAGCAGUUCAAGGACUAUCUACCUAAAAAAGGCAGCUAUCGAUAUUUCUUCAAAACAGCAUGCAAAGACUUAGACAUGAAAGUAAUCCAAGAAGAAAUAACGAACGAUUCCGAGGUCUUGCCUUUGUGGGAAGGCAAAGUUAUGGCGCAGGUGAAGGCGUUAGAAUAAAGCGAACCGACUUUUUUAUCAGGAAAAAAAAAUUAAACAAAAUAAAUCAAUUAAAAUAUUAAAAAAUGGCUCAACAUCAGUUUCAGGUAUAACGAUAUAUCCUGUCAAGUGGACUGAAAUUAUUUUUGUGUCAUUCGUUUCAAAACUAAACUAGUCUUUAUGUGUUUUAAACACAAAAAACAAAAACAUCGAUGCUCAACAAACGAUCAAUCGAUUAUCAUUCUCAUUUUCAUGCCUGAUUCACAUAUACAUACAUACCACAGUCUGUGUCUCUCUAUUAAUCAAUAUUCUUAUAAUAAUGAUCAUUACAUCAGUUUUUAAUCACAUUUUAGCAUUUUUUUUCUCAAUGUUUUAGAAGAUUCAUUCAAUACACAUAUAUUUUAAAUAUGUUUAUUGGAUAACUUUGAUCUUUAUUUAUGUUUUAAUCAUAAUUUACGCACUACGAAUAACGCUACGAAUCAUGGCCAUCUUUUAAUCUAUUUAUACUUUUUUAUGAACAGUUAUUAUUAUUAUUUUGUUUUUUAUUUUGUGUAUCGAAGUGCUGCUUAACAAAAGACCAGACCAAUCUAUCGAUUAAUUAAGGAGCUAGUCCACUUGAUUACUAUUAUUUUAUAAAUCACAUUUACGAGCGAAGAAAAACAAAAGGAGGAUAUAGAAUUAUGCUUUAUAAAAAUGGUUGCGCAGUAAUAAUAGAUAUAACCAAAUGGAUUGAUUCGGUAAUUGAUUCUAAUUAAAAAGGUGACUUGGAAGAAUCAUGAGACAAUCUUUCAAUUACAGAAUCGAUGUGAUUCCGUGGUUAUAUCCCUACGGUAAUUUAAAGAAAAAGAAAGGAGAGAAAAUAGUAAUAAAAAAAAGAAGUAAUUAAAUAAAUAAAUUCCUUGAAGACUUCCCUUAGUUUUCCAGCCGACUGUACAAAAGCCUGUGUAGUGUCUCGCCUUAUUAAGGUCCGCCUAGACCCUAGACUUAUAGUAAAAAUAAAAAAUUAGUUAUAAGAAUUUAUAUAUAUUGAAAAAAUGAAAAAAAUUAAAAUUAACAAUAGUAAUGAUAUCGAUAAUAUUAAUAAUAAUAAUCACAAUAAAAAUAGAAAUAAUAUUAAUAAUAAUAAUAAUAAUAACGCGAACAACAACAUUAAUGAUAACAUCAAUAACAAUAUUAAUAAUGAUAAAAAUAUUAGUUGUAGUAAUAAUAAUGAUAAUAUUGAUAAUAUUAAUAAUAAUGAUAAUGAUAAUAAUAAUCGAGAAAUAUUUCACCGUCAAACAUCACUCAUCCGGCAUUGUAACAUACACAUAAAAACACACCAGAUAUCAGAUUUUGCAUAAAGAACACCGAAGAAAAUGAUUAGAACAAAGAUUGUAAUAAUAUUUUAUCAGGUGCGGAAAUUUGUGCCUUUUUAGUAUUGUAAGAUUGGAUUAAGCGAGCCUAAAGCGAGGGUUAAGUAAAAAUACUUAUUAAUUUUUGAGCUUGAGGGAUUCUUGGAGAUUAUAUUUCGGUUUUAUCCUGAAGAAAAAAAAAAUAAUUUCACUAUUUCAAAUGAUAAAUAGCAAUUUUUUAUCUUCAUAAAUCUUAAUGAAAAAAAUUUUGAAAAUAAUUCCUAAAAUGUUAGGAAAUUCUAUUGUAGGUUUCGCAUAGAGUUUUAAAAAUUAUCUUAUCAGCACAUGAAAUAUAGGGAAAAUUUUGAGGUAAAUCAAUUUUUUUAGUGCUCCAAACUGCAAAUUUUAAUUAAUUGUGAAAAAUGAUCUCCUAGAAUUUCUCCGUUUAGUGGUAUUUUAUUAUAACAACUUUAGCAGCUGAUGGGCGCUGACCCCUUCAAUAUUAAUUAUUGAAUACAAAAGGGAUGAAAAAAUAAGCCACUCAAAAGCAUUACUCAUUGGUUAAUGGACGGUAUAAAUGGAAAAAUAUAAAAUAAAACAAAGGAAAUACAAAUUUUUGACAGCUAUUUAUGUAGGGGUUGUAGAUAAAAAGGAGGUCAGCGCAUUCUGGCUAGUAAUAUAAUAAUAUUUUUUUUUUCAACUGUACGUAAUUAAUUAUUAUUGAAUAAUAUCACGAAUGAUAAAGUGUUCCUGUACCUAAUUAAUUAUUAUUAUUAUAUAUCAAAAAGUAUUGAAAAUAAUAAUAAUGCGAUUUUCACUGGA